UUCUGCUUACUCAUAGCAAGACAGAAGGCUAAAGUAUUUGAUGUUUGUGACUUAUAUUACAUUCUGAAGUUUUUUCAAAUGGAUCCUUUCAAAGGCAUUUACUCAGAGCAGUUUGUCUGUGCAGCUGAUUACUCAAGCAGGCUUGAUACUUUGUACUAUGAGAACGUUUGGGGUGUUCCCCGUUAUGGAAUAUUCCAACUCAGCGGCCUCGAAUGGUGUGAUAAUGGGAGGCACCCCACUCAAAAUAGAUGCAACGUUAGCUGUGAUUUGUUCUUAGAUGAUGACAUCCAAGAUGAUACUUUAUGCGUUAAAAAAAUAGUUCAAAGAACGAAGGAUAUGAGAGCUUGGCCACUUUAUCUGAAAUACUGCAACAAGCAGACUAUCAGCUAUUAUUACAUGCAAUGCCUUUUUGGUAAGAAUCAUGGUACACCCAAAAAGAGAAUUCGACAGAAGACAAGGACACUUAGAUUGGCGAUGGCUUUAAAACAGCUUCAAAACUUCAAAAAGAACUUCUAAGGAAGUAGAUAGAAGAUAGAUGACAGACAGACAGAUACUAUAGAUGAUAGA